AAUUAGGAAAAAUUAUGGAAGAAGAUUUAUCAUUUACAGAAUACCAGAAGGAGAAAGAAGAGGUUGUUUAUGAGACCACCAUCGAAAGAGGAUUCCUCAAGUUUUUCAGGAAGACAUUUCACUUUGUAAUCACUGAUAUAAGAAUCCUUAUACUUAAAAAGAAGACUAUGCUUGGAAAUGAAUCGAAGAAAGUUAAGAAGGAGUACAAGAUUAUCGACCUGAAGGGGAUUACUAAGUCUACACUAGAGAAUUCCAAUAUGAUUGUCCUUCAUCUUAAGUCUAGUCAUGAUGAAGUUAUCUAUUGUGAAGAUUUUGAACAAAUUAUUGAGAAUUUAAAGAAAUUAUAUGCUAUUACUUGUAAAUAAAAAUUUGCCGAUUUUCGGAUUCUCCCAAAGUUCACUGAAGAACUACACAACUACGGAGAAAGAUGUCGCACUUGGGAUCUCAAGGAUGCCCAUGAGAAGCCUCCGUCUCAAAGAGGAGAGGAUUAUCCCCGACACUGAGUCUAGCGACGAAGAUGAGGAUAUUAAGGAAUGGAUCGACGAGUUUGACAUCGUUGAAGCUGAUGAAGGAGAUAAAAUUAACAACUAUCUUAAGAAAUUCAACCACCCAGAAGAUAUUGAAGAAGAGCAGAAGCUCAAAGAUGAUGAAAAAUCAGAGCUCCUCUUCUCUAAAGACCCAGAAGAGUCUCCUGACUUCGAGCCAAAGAGCCUUGAAGAUUUUGAUAUCUUGCAGGUCAUUGAUAAGGGAUCUUUUGGCAAGGUCUUCCUGGUCAUCAAUAAGCUGAAUGGUAAAUAUUAUGCAAUGAAGAGGAUCAGGAAGGAUAUUUUGGUCAAGAAGAAACAAGUAGAGAAUAACAAGAACGAAAAGGAAAUCCUCCUGAACGUGAAGCACCCCUUCCUGCUUGGGAUGGACUAUGUGUUUCAGAACGAGGAGAGAAUCUACUUUUUCCUUGAUUAUAUUCCUGGAGGGAACUUAUUCGAAAACCUUUACUCUGUGAAAAGGUUUGCAGAAGAUGUGGUAAAGUUUAUUGCUGCCCAGCUUGUGAUCGCUUUCAAGUGCUUACAUUCCAAAAAGAUAGUACACAGAGAUCUUAAGCCAGAGAAUGUUCUAUUCCAGGCUGAUGGGUACAUCAAGCUGGCUGAUUUUGGAUUGGCAAAGUUCUUGAAUUCAGAAAGCCAGGCUACUUAUAGCUUCUGUGGGACUGCUGAAUAUCUAGCUCCAGAAGUUCUUGACCAAACAGGUCACUCCUACACUGUAGAUUGGUGGACUCUUGGAAUCCUGAUUUAUGAGUUAAAAACAGGAAGACCUCCUUUCUUGGAUAAGAAUAACCAUAAGCUAGGCUUGUUAAUUAGAAAAGGAAAAAUUGUUUUCCCUGACCCAAUAAAGCACAAAAUAGAAAUGUCAGAAGAAAUGAAAGACUUGAUUUCCAAACUUCUCGACAGAGAUCCUACUAACAGACUAGGCAUCAAUGGCCAUCAAGAAGUCAUGGACCACCCUUGGUUCAGCGAUAUUGAUUUCGAAGCUAUCGAAAAUAUGGAAGUUAAAGCACCUUUCAAGCCUAUAAUAAAGAGAAAAAUCUAUGAGAAGGACAGAGAUAUAGAAGAGAAGUCAAAAGAGACAUUUGUAGGAUUUGCAUAGUGAUUCAAUAUUGAGUGAA